UGUCAGUCGCGGCACCAAGCGGGAAUUCUUUAUUGAUCGAUUGACGUGCAAACCCCAAAAAGUGUUUGCGGAUCUGGCUGAAGUCGCAACCGCAACGGCGAAAUCCCAGAAGAGCCAUCGAAUUUCGCGGCAGCACGCUGAUAACCUCACAAUGGUGCUGAGUAGCCGCCUGGCCAAUCGAAUCGGCGUGAGGCGGCCGAAUGUAGCCGGUGCGGCGGGUGCCACCAGGGGGAGCCUGCGGCGGCCCGUCCAAGAUGCCCGGGAGGUGCUCAACGCUAGGGGCGUGCGCGGAAGCGCCAACGGCAGCGGUAGGCGCCUCGGGGUGGCCGGCGGAGGCAUCGUCAAGACGGGGCGCUCGCCCAACCUGCGCCUCAAUACCCUGCGCGGAGCCGGCAGGGGAGGCCUUCGCAGCGACCGGAUGGCGGCGGCAGUGGGGCGGGUGGCACGGCCCGUCCCGUCCGCCGCACGGUUUUCGGCCGGACGACAGGCACAGGCUUCGACUUUCCGGCAGCAGGGAGGUCCGCUCAGAACGACCCCGAGGGGACUGGUGAGCUUUUCGCAAAGGAUGGCCGCCGUGAGGAGACCAAUUGGUAUAAUGGACGAUGACUUUCCACAGAGCCUGGACAAAGAAAUCCGCGUGGACAGGAACGGGAUCCUGGUGACCACGGCCAACAACCUCAUCUCGACCCGACGCAACCUGCUGGAGGCGCGCGGGAUUCUGCCGAUCGCGGAAGAAGAGGACGACCUCGAGCGGAUGACCCUGGACGACGUGCUCGGGAAGGGCGCCGCCGUGUACCGCCCGCCCGCUGCCAGAUCGACCCCGACUUCGCUGAACCGCAUCUUGCACCGGUUGGACGGCGGGAGUAGGGCGACGACUGCGCCAGCGGCAACGGCACGCAGGGCGCCCUCGGAGCCCCUUCAGGGGGCGUCGGUCCUGGUGGCAAACCUCGACCCGCAGGUCACGGAGACGGACAUACGGGACCUGUUCCAGGACAUUGGGCCGAUGCAGGACGCCCGCAUGGUGGCGGUGGGCACGGCCCUGGCCACCUUCCACCGGCAGUUGGACGCUGUCAAGGCCUUCAAGGCCUACCACGGGAGGCUGCUCGACGGCCGACCAAUGAACUUGACGGUGCUGACACUGAGCACGCCCCAGCUGGACCAGAGGUGAUGGGACGAUCACGUCGGAACCUUCCACGGAAUCACUCGAUUCGCUGCUCUCGCGUUCCAGUCCUGCCAGCCUCCCUCCCCGUUUCUCCCUAUUCACCUCUUCCUACAUUUUGUUUCCCUAGGCCUCAAGUUGCAACCUCAUCUGUUUUCCUUAGACCAAAUGGCACAACAAUGUUCUGCUUGAGCUUGGCUUUUUUUUUUUUUUAUUGUUGCGUGUAAUAGAAUACUGUUAGCUGCCUUCGUUACACCCACACUCAAGGUUUUCAAUUUUUUGUUCAUUGUUCUUCGGACACGAGUAAAGCAGCGGUUAGAGGAAACGACAAAAGCGAUGUCAACACCAGUUUUACGGCUUGUCGCAAGUUCUCGUACGACUGAAUAAAGUAAGUGUUUUGUCUGGCA